AUGACUGAUUAUUUUGUCGACUUUAUUAACGAUGUUCCAGAUGAAACUCUAACUUUUGGCGUUUAUCAAAAAUUUCCAAAUACACCUGGUAUUGACUCUGUCGCUUGGUUGAGAGCUGAUGUCCCCGAAAGUGGUUCAGCUGGAGUAAAAUUCACUGAAACUUAUUGUGUCGUAAACGCAGACUACUCCGAUGAUGAUGCAAAAGGAAGAUACAAAGCUAGUCAAACUUUCGAUACUAAACUCGGAACAGCCUGGAGGCUUAUCGAGAAGAAUGGAGUCUCACAAUUCGACAAAAAGAUUGACCCGUCAAAUGCCGACAACUUAAUCGUCAUUAAGAAUGCUUCAAAGACAACCGCUUCCUUGGGUAUUGGUAUGUCCGGAAAACUAUCCGCUAUCAAGAGAAAAGUAUAUGUUGAUGCCACAGCAGCUUUCAAAGUUACUCCGACCUUCUACGUUGGUGUUUUCACAGAUCUAGAAAUCGGAGAUAUUAUCACUGAUGAUGUGAUUCUCGCCAAUAAAAAGAUUGUGUUUGACGGAGAUAAUGUCGCAACAAUUCGAGCCUAUCUUAAAGGACACGUGUUCAAUAUUGACGUGGCUUAUAGCAAUCGCGCAUCUUCAAGCUUGUAA